AUGCUGCCAGCCUUUGCACAAACUGCUGCCGCCUUCGAUCCUCAUACUUUCGCCUACACGCCGUACGGCUAUAAGAGACAACGAGAGGAGUCGAUUACGAAGACGGCCGAGUUGCUACGGGUGGAGAACGAGAAUCUCAAGAAUGAAAUCGUCCAGCUAAGAGAGAUGAUUGCCGACUUACGGAAGCAGCUGAAUUCCACGUGUCAACAUGGCGCCGGUGUGGAACAGGCGCGAGACGGUGGAAGCAUCCAGCGGGAAGUCGCCUACAAUCCGUACCAGUUCCAGAUCGGGUUCAGCAUCAACAGCCAGUUGUAG